UCUAUGUCUAGGAGAACAAACGCGCCGAUUUUCCAUUGCAGAAAUAAGAAAACAAACACAUGACAAAAUAAAACAACUUACAUUUCGGUCCGUCCGCAGACUCACUUCCAGUUUAAUGAAGCGGUCUAUGAAAAAAAGCCAGCAGAUGAUGAAGUGAUGGAGCUUUGAAGAACUUACCCCUAUAUCUACAUUGUGCAUUGUGACAUCCUGCCCUCUCUACUUGCCUUGGUUGGUUGAUUCAACUUUGUGAUUCUGGAGCCAGAAGGUGACACAUCAGUCUUCAGAGAAAUGCUUUCACUGGGACUUUACAGACUCCAGCAAAGCAUUCACUUCUACAUCCUGAAACACUGUGUCCAUGAGUCCAGUGUGACAAUGCCAAGGGGCUGAGGGCCUUCUUCGACGCCAUAUGCUAUGGCCCUAAACACCUGAUGAUCUUCGGUGGAGUCUGCCCGUCUGUGACCUCUAUCAUCGCAGAGUCGCUGGAGGGCUGGAACCUGGUGCAGCUGUCUUUUGCAGCAACAACUCCAGUUCUGGCAGACAAGAAAAAAUACCCCAACUUCUUCCGCACUGUCCCGUCGGACAAUGCAGUGAAUCCAGCAGUGGUGAAGUUCCUCAAUUUCUACAACUGGAGCCGUGUGGGGACCCUCACACAGGAUGUUCAGAGGUUCUCAGAGGUGAGGAAUGAUUUGACCAGUGAGCUGGAGAAGGCAGAUAUACAAAUCGCAGAUACAGAAAGUUUUUCCAAUGAUCCCUGUGUCAACGUCAAGAAACUCAAGGACAAUGAUGUCAGAAUUAUCAUCGGCCAGUUUGAUGAGAACUUAGCUGCCAAAGUCUUCUGUUGUGCGUAUAACCUGAACAUGUAUGGCAGUAAAUACCAGUGGAUCAUCCCCGGCUGGUACCAAGGCAACUGGUGGGAACAGGCCAACAGCACCAACUGCACCACCAGGAAGCUGCUCACAGCCAUGGAGGGAUAUAUCAGCGUGGAUUUCGAACCGCUCAGCGCUCGGCAGAUCAAGGGCAUCUCAGGCAGGACCCCGAAGGAGUAUGAGAGGGAGUACAGCCGAGAGCUUCAGCAGAAAGGUGUGGAGUCCAGCAAGUUUCAUGGCUUCGCCUAUGAUGGGAUCUGGGUCAUCGCCAAAACUUUGACUCGAGUGAUGGAACUGCUUCGGGUAAAACAACGGCAGAACACCUACCACAACUUUACUGUGGAUGACCGCGAAGUUGGCAAAAUGGUGCUGGACGUCAUGAAUGAGACCAACUUUUUUGGUGUUACAGGCCAAGUCAUGUUUCGGAACGGAGAGAGGAUGGGCACUAUAAAAUUCAACCAAUUUCAAGAGGGCCAAGAAGUGAAGGUUGGAGAGUACAAUGCCAUUGCUGAUGUGCUGGACCUCAUCAACAACUCCAUAAGGUUUCAAGGCGUAGAGCCUCCAAAAGAUCGUACAUUUGUGCGUCUGCAGCGGCGCCACAUCAACGUGCCUCUCUACAGUAUCCUGUCAACCAUCACCAUACUGGGCAUGCUAAUGGCAGGAGCCUUCCUCUUCUUCAACAUCAAGAACCGGAAUCACAGACUUAUCAAGAUGUCCAGUCCCUACAUGAACAACUUGAUCAUCCUGGGAGGCCUGCUAUCCUAUGCCUCCAUCUUCCUGUUUGGUCUGGAUGGAGGUUUUGUCUCUGACAAAGAAUUUGAGACUCUUUGCACUGUUCGGACAUGGAUCCUCAUUGUUGGAUACACAACAGCUUUUGGCGCCAUGUUUGCCAAGACCUGGAGGGUGCACGCCAUCUUCAAAAAUGUGAAGAUGAAGAAGAAGAUCAUAAAGGACCAGAAGUUGUUGAUCAUCGUCGGCGGGAUGCUUCUGAUCGACCUGUGCAUCCUCAUCACCUGGCAGAUUGUUGACCCGCUUAAGAGGACGGUUGAAGAGUACAGCUUGGAGGCGGACCCCCAAGGCCGAGACAUCGCCAUCCGCCCGUUCCUGGAGCACUGUGAGAACACCCACAUGACUAUUUGGCUGGGUAUUGUCUAUGCCUACAAGGGACUGCUAAUGUUGUUUGGCUGUUUCCUGGCGUGGGAGACAAGAAACGUGAGCAUCCCUGCUCUCAAUGAUAGCAAAUACAUCGGGAUGAGUGUUUACAACGUUGGCAUCAUGUGCAUCAUUGGAGCUGCAGUGUCUUUCCUGACAAGGGACCAACCCAACGUCCAGUUCUGCAUUGUAGCCCUGGUGAUCAUCUUCUGCAGCACCAUCACACUGUGCCUGGUCUUUGUUCCUAAGUUUAUCACUAUGAGAACCAACCCUGAUGCAGCCACACAGAACCGGAGGUUAAAGUUCACCCAGAACCAGAAGAAGGAAGACUCCAAGACAUCCACAUCAGUCACCAGUGUCAACCAGGCCAAUACUUCACGACUGGAUGGGCUCCAAACUGAUAACCACCGGCUCCGCAUGAGGAUAACAGAGUUGGACAAGGAGCUGGAAGAAGUUACUAUGCAGCUGCAGGACACCCCUGAGAAAACGCCCUACAUCAAACAGAACCAUUACCCAGACGGCAACAACAUCCUCAGCAUACGCAACUUCACGGAAGGCAAAGACGGAGAGAAGUCGAUACUAAAGAACCAUCUGGAGCAGAAGCCUCAGGCGCAGUGGGGCUCCAUGGAUCCUUCAAGAAUAAACAGAGGUCCCCUAGAGGAUAUCAACUCGCCAGAACACAUACAGCGUCGACUGUCCUUGCAGCUGCCCAUCCUGCACCACGCCUACUUACCUUCCAUAGGAGGGGUUGAUGCCAGCUGCACCAGCCCCAAUGGCAGCCCUGGGUCCAGUCCCCGGCACAGACACAUGCCCCCCUCCUAUCGGGUAAUGGUCUCCGGCCUGUGAGCUUCAUUCCCUCCCCCACCUGGCUCUUUGCAGAGGAGACAUAUAUGGUUCUUUUUUUUCUACAACGAAUAGACUGAUAUCAUCAGCGUAUGUGCGUAUUUUGUCUCGGAACAAGGAGGACAGGGGUAGAAGUGAGGGAGGGGGGAGGGCAAAGUUUCACUCUUCACCCCAGCCUCUCUUGAGAACUGAAACCCUCAGUCAGGAAGGGGUGGGAGGAAACAGAGUGGGCACUGGAUGACCCAUAUAAACUCCCAUGAUUCACAGCAAAGUCCCCUUGUUCAGCUGCUCCCCUUGCAUAUACACAUAUGCACGGUCAAACGAACAUCUACAAAUACACACACAUGCACAAAUACAGUGACACCCCAACAAUGGUGGAGCAGCCCUGACCUGACGUGUAGCCUUAUCUGCUUCAAAGGGGGGGUAGUCUGUUGCUGUUCUGUUAUCUGUUUGUAUGUUGGGCUCACUGCGACAUGUGAGCUGGUCAUCUAACUCGAGUAUUUCACUGCUGUGGUGACUGGAUACCGGUGUGGAGACAUGGAAUUUACAAAACCCAACAAAGGAAAUCAUCCAAUUUACUCCUGUCCCCUUCCCAUCCUUAUGGAGACAUGUAAAUAUCUUCAUUUCUGACUUUGAUGUACUGUAAGCUUUGUAUAUGCUGUGAAUGGACAAUUAAAGCAGUUCAUAGUGUGGAGCUUGUAACAGAAGCAGGCUUUUGUUGGAAUUUCCAAUGGGAGCUUUUAGACCAUGGCACCCCAGGAAGAAUUAGACACAUGUAUGAAAGAGAUCUAAAGUGAUUUGUGUAACUGUUAAAAAAUUAGCUCAUGGGCAGCAAAAUAAGAUACAUGAAAGCUUGUGAGUCACCCAUCAUAAAAAGGCACCAGGGGCCCGUUCCUUGAACUAGAAGUAAGAUGCACACAGCUCUUUUUUUCCACUUUGCUCAAUUUUGCAGCACAGGUUUCUUUAGAGAUUUCACACCAGGCUUUGCAUAUGCCGGUCAUGUUUUACAACUUGCUUAAUAUGUGCUCAGAAAGCAUGAUACACAAAAUAUUGAUGCUAUACCUUUUCAAAGGUCUCCAAGGCCGCAGAUUUUUAGAAAAUAGAGCUAAAAGACACCGCAAGAGUGUUUCACAGUAAAUUGUGUGUGUUAUAUGCCAAGAAAUGCACACAUUCAGAUGUACACUUAAAACGCAAGAGAGCACCUAUGAAUCAGGUGCUUUUUGAUGAGUGGUCUUCAUAGACUGUUAUGAUGUCCGUCCGGCUAACCAGCACAGACAAGGGUGACUGGGUCUGUGUCAGUGGCAAAAGGGCACAAGACUCACACUUCAAACGAAUCUUGUGGGAGAAUUCAACUCAAGAAGGGAGCUGGAAAGGAUGUAGGUCGACAAGUUCCACAUCUAGAUUAGAUAAAAAGGUUGACCUGAAUUUCCACGAGUGGUAGUAAAGGCGAUGCACACAUGAGCCUCGUGUUAGAGCCCCAACCGGCUGUAGCUUUCAGUUCCAAGACACUGAUAGACCAUAAAGCACAGACACAGGGCUUUCUUUCAUAUUGUGUGUCAUGAAAAGUCACCUCACACUUAGCAACAGUGAACGUGCCUCAGUUGCUAUUGAAAACUGGGCUGUCGAAUUCAGCCCAAGACGGCUGCACUGGGCUAGACGGUCAUCAGCACAGUGUUGUCAUGUGUUUUUUGUACAACUGUCCUCAUGUGGGAGAAAAGUGAACAGGGACUCCGGACAAUAAAGGACUUUAUAUGGAGUGUGCGAAAGUUUGUUCUCAGCAUAUGUUUCACCAUUGGUGUCUUGGUUUUUAGUUUUGAAGGCGUCUGUUGAGCGCUGUGCCUGUUGUCUUAUAUUGUAGCCUUCAGGACCCACACUACAUAACUAGGGUGAAAAUGGCACUGAAACUGUAACAAACAACAUCGGCCACACAUCUGUAUAUUGUACAACGUGUCAUAGAUUUAUUUCAGUUCAACGCCUCAAUGCAUGGGACAGUGUGGGAGGACUUGGAGUGGACCUCCUCUCGGAGCAAGUAUCUGAUACUACAGAAAUACUGUCAGUCUUCAGUCAAAGGGCCAGUCAAGGAUACAGAGUUGGAGUGGAAACAAGCGAGCAGAGGUCCACCUGCUACGGACAUAUCAGGGUGACUUCCUGUGAGAGCUCCUCCCCUUCCAGCCCCUGCCAAGCACAGGAGCAGGGAAACCCCGAGCACAGGCCUCCAGGGGGUCAUGGCUUCUCCCGCACCUUUUGCCAACCAGAAAAUCACAGUCACUCCACAAGUGAGUGAGAGACAUUGUCAGAGGGUUGGUUCUUCCUUCAGGAGAACAAAAAAACCAACUGCACAUUUUAUAUAUUACAUUCUAUGUGAUUGUGUACAAUUUGCUGAUACCCUGAUGAUGGUGUCCAUGUAUGGAUAUUUGGUAUUUGGCUUUCUCAAGACGGCAUGAAAUGAAAUGUAUAAUUCACAGAGUUACCUCUGUUUUUGCAACUGUCGUGACAAAUCCACUCUGUUGUGUCAUCCUCUCACCUACAAUUUGGUUUUCUGUUCCUUUACACAACAUUUCAGUUCUUUUAACCUGUUGAUCAGCUCACACACGUCAAUGCCAAGAUUCUCAGUGGACAAACAUCAUCAUAUCAACUAUGCUACUGGUUUAGCAGUUAUUCACUGAGGGCAAUAAAGUGAAAGUAGUAGCAAACGAUCAAUCCUAAUAACUCACUCCUGGCAUUUACCAAAUUACAAAAUGACUUUUUUAAAUCCAUCUAAAAUGCCAAAUGCAGAUCAUCAGGUAUGGUUCUGUUAUUUUUUUUAAAUGUGCCCUGAUUUGUUUUUCUUUUACUAUGAUUUAUUUGAACGUUUUCUUUCAACAUAGAUGAUAAAUUGUUCAAAUGCAAUUGUGAUGGGUCAAGGGCUCAUUAUAUCCUGUAAUAAUUAACGUAAUGCUGAUGGUUUGUAUUUGCCACAAGUCUUUUUACCUUUUUCGUUUGAAGGUCCAAAGUGACAUAUACGUAUAUGAUUAUAACUUUGUAUGUGUCAUCAUCAGGGUUUCUGGAGAACACGAAACAUACAUGUCCAAAAAAUAUAACAAUAUGACAUAUAUAUUUAGUGGAAAAACACACACAGGUCCAUACUGUUACUGUUUUUGUCAGUUUGAUAUGUGGUAUCACAUGGAGUUCAGUUCAAUUAAGAGUUUAAACGGUAAACAAAACCUAUGUUAAAUGCAAAAUGUUAAAGAGGGGCAAUAACUUGUUUUCUUAUUACAGAAAGAAUAGAGAACUAUAUAUAUGUAUAUGUAAAAGAUCUUUACGUAAAUUCAUUUUUACAUAGGAAAUAUUUCACAAAUGCGCCACAAGGAUACUUGGAAGUCAUUUUUUUAAUUUACAGUAUCUGUAACUAUGUUAUGUACAGAUGAGGUAUAGAUAUGAAAAAGUUGUAUAAAAUAAGUAUCACACUCGGAACACCUGAACAUUUUUGAAGCCAUUAGUUGUUAUGGAGGGAUUUGAAUAACAUUCUUCUUUUAUUGUCUGAAUGUUAUGGACAGCCUUUACUUUUCACAUCAUCGUUAAAUAAAGUGAGACUGAAAAUAA